AGAGCCGAGCCGGCGGCUCCGCGGAGCAGCAGCAGCCUGUGCCACCGCCGCCGGGCCCUCCGUGUCCCCUCCCCGUCCCGCCCCCCGGCCCCUGGUGCCCCGGCCCCUCCCCACCUCGCUCCUUCCUCCGUCCCUCCCUCCCGCUCCGCUCUCCCCCCGGCUGCGGCCCGACCCGGCCCGCCAGCCGGGCCGGCAGGAGGGCGGCGGCGGCAGAACCAUGAGCUUUGAGGGCGACCGCGGCGGCGGUCGGUGUCGCGGGGCGGAGAGCGGGGACGCCGAGCCGCCUCCCCCGCCGCCGCCGCCGGCAGAGCCGGCCCCGGUCCCCGCGACCCCGCGCUACCCGCCGCCGCUGCCCGUGCCCCCCGAGGGCGCCGCCGGGCCGAGCGAGCCGCCGGGGGAGGUGGCCCCGCGGCGCAGGGGCACCGACGAGCUGCCGCCGCCGCCGCCGCGGUCCCUGCCGCCCGCCGGCCAGGAGGUGUGCGCGGCGGCCGGAGACUCUGCGGAAGGUCCGAGGCGCCUCCCGGAGUCGGCGGACCCCGAGGCGGCGGCGGCGAAGGGCGGCCCCGCGGAGCCCAAGGCCAGCGCCAGCGGGGAGGGCGAGCGGCAGGGCGCCGGCGACCAGACCGAGACGCGCUCGGUGUGCAGCAGCCGGAGCAGCAGCAGCGGCGGCGGCGACCAGCGCGCUGGGCACCAGCACCAGCACCACCAGCCCAUCUGCAAGAUCUGCUUCCAGGGCGCCGAGCAGGGUGAGCUGUUAAAUCCCUGCCGAUGUGAUGGGUCAGUGCGGUAUACACAUCAGCUGUGCCUGCUAAAGUGGAUCAGUGAGAGAGGUUCCUGGACCUGUGAACUCUGUUGUUACAGAUACCAUGUCAUAGCCAUUAAAAUGAAACAACCGUGCCAGUGGCAAAGCAUUUCUAUAACACUGGUUGAGAAAGUUCAGAUGAUUGCUGUAAUCCUAGGAUCCCUGUUCUUGAUAGCGAGUGUGACUUGGCUCCUCUGGUCAGCCUUCAGCCCCUAUGCAGUGUGGCAGAGGAAGGACAUCCUUUUUCAAAUCUGCUAUGGAAUGUAUGGUUUUAUGGAUCUAGUGUGCAUAGGUCUCAUUGUCCAUGAAGGAGCUGCAGUUUACAGGGUUUUUAAGCGCUGGCGAGCUGUGAAUUUGCACUGGGAUGUAUUAAACUAUGACAAAGCCACAGACAUCGAAGAGAGCAGCCGGGGAGAGUCUUCCACAAGUAGGACUUUGUGGUUGCCAUUGACAGCUCUGCGGAACAGAAACUUGGUCCACCCAACACAGUUAACCUCACCCCGGUUUCAGUGUGGGUACGUGUUGUUGCAUCUGUUCAAUCGGAUGAGGCCCCAUGAAGAUUUGUCGGAAGAUAACAGCUCGGGGGAGGUUGUGAUGAGAGUGACUUCAGUGUGACAGAAGCAUAAGAUGAUGCAGUGUGGACCACCCUGCACCUUUUGGAAUGUAGUUGCAAUGAAUGGUGAAACCAUAGCACUUCUAAAAACAAACAUCUAUGAACUUUUUAAAAUUUAUGCUUUUUAUAUGAACAUUUGAAUUGCAAAUACAUUUUUCUGAAAAAAAGA